AUGGUGCAUGCAAGGGAGAGCACCGAUCUGGGUGGCGGUGCUCCUGGCCUGCUGCGCUGCCCGACCACCGACGAGAACGGGUAUCGCUUCGUCAAGCUUGACAAUGGCCUUCAAGUACUACUUGUGCACGACCCCAAGACGGACAAGGCCGCCGUGGCAUGCGAUGUCCGGGUGGGGAGCCUAUCAGACCCGGAUGAUCUGCCUGGACUUGCGCACUUCCUGGAGCACAUGCUCUUCUACAGCAGCGAGAAGUACCCAGUGGAGGACGAGUACAGGUUUGCGCAGUUCUUCAUCUGCCCUCUCAUCAGCAGGGAUGGAGUCGAUCGGGAGGCGCAUGCUGUGGACUCAGAGCAUGGGAAGAAUCUGAACUCUGAUGCCUGGAAGGCACUGCAGCUGUGGAAGCACACCGCCAACCCAGACCAUCCGUUCAGCCGAUUCGCCACUGGGAACCUCGAGACGCUGCUGGACGGGCCAGCUCGGAAGAAUGUUGAGGUUCAUACAAGGCUCAAAGAGUUUUAUGAGAAGCACUACUGCUCCCAGCUCAUGCGGGCGGUCAUCAUCGGGCGCGAGUCUCUGGACGACCUGCAGGCCCUCGCCAGCUCCGCCUUCGGCCCCGUGCCCUGCCGCGGGCUUCGGGCCCCCAGCUUCUCGCCGGAGGCCACCCCUCGUGCGGGCCUGCUGAUGAAGGCUGUCCCGGAGAGGAGCGGCCACACCCUGGAGCUGCAGUGGCGUGUGGAGCCGGAGCUGAAGCACUACGACGCUGCCCCCUGCCAAUACUUUUCGCACCUGCUGGGGGAUGAGGGGGAGGGGUCCCUGUUUGCGCUGCUCAAAGCUCGCGGCUGGGCGACAGACUUGUGUGCCGGCGAGAGCGGCACCUCCUUCUCGGCGGCCUCCAUCUUCAUGGUGCGGAUCGGGCUGACCGAUGCCGGGCAGGAGCAUGUGCCGGAGCUGAGAUUUGACUUUGCGGAGAAGAUGGCCCCUUCCUCGUACGCCACCACUCUGGCCGGUGCCAUGCAGGUGUACGGAAGGCAUGACCUCCUGCUGGCGAUACACCAUGUGCCUCAGCGAUACGACCCUGAGCUUCUGGACACUGUGCUGAGCACGCUUUGCCCCAGCGAGGCUCGAGUUCUCUGGGCAUCCAGCUCCUUCCAGGUCCCCACCGACUGUCCCCUGAAGGAGCCCUGGUAUGGGACGGCACACAGUGCAGGCCCGCUGCCAGCCGAGUGGCUGACUCACUGGGAGGCCGCGUGGAGGGGUGAGGGGGCCGCCCUAGGUGACAAGGAUGGCCAUAGAUUCUGUGGGAUGCACCUGCCGCCCCCUAACCCAUACAUCCCUUCCCGCUUCGAUCUCAUCAAGGAAUCCAGCUCCAGCCCUGCCAAGAUCCAUGCCACGCCGCUGUAUACCCUGUGGCACCGACCGGAGACAGGUUUCAAAGUGCCCAAGACUGCCAUCUACCUCCACUUGAGAAUGCCUGAGGCCUAUCUGACACCUAGAGCGGCUGUCUCCACUCAGCUCAUCUCCCGGCUCCUCACCGACAAGCUGUCCGAGGUGGCGUACCCGGCUGAGCUGGCAGGGCUCCACUACGGCGUCCGGGCCACCACAUCUGGCAUGCUCCUGUCCUUCUGGGGCCACAGCCACACCCUGCCGCGCCUGGUCCAGACGGUGCUGGACAGCCUCCUGGAGUUCGAGGUGCUGCCGGACAGAUUUGAGCUGGCCAAGGAGCACCAGGCCAAGGACUAUGCCAACAUGAGGCAUGAGCAGCCGUACCAGCACGGCCUCUAUCUGCUGAGCGUGGGGCUGGAGGCUCGGCGCUGGCACGUGCGCGACUACGAGGCGGUGCUGCCUGGCGUGAUGGGGGACUCGCUCCGCGCUUUCCAGACGGCCAUGCUGGGCACGGUGCGCAUCGAUGCCCUGAUCGCCGGGAAUGUGCCGGCCGCCGACGCGCGGGCGCUGCUGCAGGCGCUGGAGGCGCGGCUGCUGGCAGGGCGCUGCUCCCCUCUCCCGGCCUCGCAGCGUACCGAGGCGCGCGUCGUGGCGCUGCCCUCGCCCAUGCGCGCCGUGCACGCUGUGCCGGGACCCAACCCGGCCAAUGACAACUCCGCCGUCGUCGUCGCCUUCCAGGCUGGGCGCGACGACGUCAGGCGGAAUGCGCUGGUCGACCUGGUCGGCCACCUGGGGAAGAGGGAAGCCUUCCACACCCUGCGCACCGUGGAGCAGCUCGGGUACAUCACCCACCUGUCGGCAUUCUGGACGCUGACCGUGAGCAACAUCCUCGUUCUCAUCCAGUCCUCGGCCCAUUCGGCUCGGUACCUGCAGUCUCGCAUAGACGCAUUCCUCCCAAAGUUGGCGGACUCGCUGCGUGGUAUGCCCGCCGAGGAGUAUGCCGCGCAUGUGGAGGAGCUGGCCAAAGCCAAGCUGGAGAAACCUAAACGAUUGAGGGAUGCCGUCAACACCGACUGGUCCGAGAUCGACGACGGCACCUUGAGAUUUCCGCGAAAGGAGCUGGAGGCAGCUGCCGUGCGGAGCAUCACACAAGAGGAGCUCGUCGCUUUCUUCGAGGCAAGGGAGAGCAGAGGUUACCUCAGGGUACUGUCCUUUUGGCUCUUGGACACCGUGGUGAAUCCGAGGACCCGGCGCUCCUACUCCGUACUGGUGGAAGGCAAUGUAAAGGAGCCAGCCCCCGAGGCAGCAGGGAGCAAAGCUUCAGCAGCCCCGCCGACAGCGGAUGAAGUUUUAGUAUCUGAUCAGUACUCCUUCAAAAGAGGCCAGGCACUGUAUGCCUCCUUCCUGUAA